AGUUUUGAUUUUCCCUGUGCAAUGGAGGGAUACAGAUUGUCUCAACAAAGUGCUGCGUAAAUUAAAGACACUAAAGUAGCAAAAUGAUGAAAUCCAAGGGAAAUUGGCAGAUGUGUGGCGAAUUGGGCCAGGGCGGAUUUGGCGAGGUGCUUCACUGGCGAAACCUGACAACGGGCCGUGAAAUCGCAACCAAGCACAUAAAGGAUUUGAAUUCCCUUAGUGCUGAUCAGCAGAUUAAGCUCAGCGAACGCUGGAACAAGGAAUAUGAUUGGGCUCUACAGUUUCAGGAUUUCCCUUACAUUGUGGCUGGUGUGAAUCUAGACAAGGAAGACCCUACAUUCAUGAAUUACCUAAAUGAAGGACACAUUGUCAAACUUCCUGUGAUUGUUCUCGAAUACUGCAACGGCGGUGAUGUAAGAAAGCGAUUGCGCAGUCCAGAGAACGCAAAUGGACUGGUUGAGUUCGAGGUGCGUCAAAUUCUGGGAGCUCUACGCCAUGCCCUUUACUUUUUGCACUCCAAGUGUGGGAUAUGUCACCGUGAUUUAAAGCCAGAUAAUAUAGUUAUCAAACGAGGAGAUGAUGGUAAGAAGGUUUAUAAGCUCACCGAUUUUGGACUGGCGCGAAUAGCUCCGGAAAAGACAAUGGUGCAGAGCGUGGUUGGCACCCGGCACUACUUCGCCCCGGAAGUAGUAGAGUCGGGCCGUUACAACUCGGCCGUGGACUACUGGUCACUGGGGAUUAUUGCCUAUGAGCUAGUAACUGGCGAGCUGCCAUUCAUACCCCAUCAAACUCCUAAAAACAUAUUAAUUAAUCUGAUUAAUAAGCCCAAAGAAUGUAUUGCCAUUACGGAGGAUCCAGAAAACAAUAGUCGUUUCGUGAAUCAGUUCCAACUGCCACAGGAGCACCAUCUGUCGCGGCCCUGGGCCGAGGCUUUUACCAAAUGGCUGCGGACUCCUCUGAACACAAACUACAAGGAACGCGGGCAACUAGCAACUGAUGAAGUACAAUCAGUUCCAGUAGUUUUCGCUGAGCUUGACAAGCUACUACAAAUGAAGGUGCUAACAAUAUUUGUUAUAAACUGCUGCAAGCGACUUGAGUAUGAGGUUUCCUCUGAGAUGACUCGGGGAGAUUUAAAUGACUUGAUUGUACGGGACACUGGGAUAGACAAAAAUGAAUUGUUAUAUGUGCUACCUACAUCCCAUCCCCACAAGAAGAUCACGGCUGCCACUAAGCCUUUGGAUUUGUAUGUGGAGGAGUGGAGCGACACCAGUAGAGAGGCCCGCAAGCGGACUAAAUGCAAGAAUCCGCCCGUGAUGUUGUAUAUCUUGCAGGCUAGAAAAGAAUGUGAUUAUAAUGUGCCGGAGCUAAAUCUGUCGGUUCUGGCUCGAAAGUUUUUAGGGAACCGGAUCAAGUCGCGAGAAAAGUGGCUGAUCAAACGUGUAGCUCUAGAUAUGCUUUAUAUGCUCACCAAGGAGCAGGCGACCCAUGAGAUGUUCCUGGCUGGUGUUAACGAGCAUGCCCUGUCGUUGGAGGACGAAAUGAUCGACAUUCCUUGUUCAGAUACCAUUAAUAAGGAGCUUCUCACAACCUCCUUUGCUUAUGAUCAGCUAAAGAGGCUGCGCACAGAAGCCCAAGCGAAGAGUCCGACCUUUCAGCUCAACGACAGUCACGAGUGGGAGGAGUUAUCACAAAAUUACGAAGCCAUAGUAAAGCACGCGAACUCGAUUAUGUGUCACAUUAGCUCUGGCUUGCGCAGCGCCAAGGACAUGGUGAAGAGAACAAAUCAACUUGUAAAGGAUUUUGAGGAGAAAGACAUAUUCAAUGCAUCACGAUUCUACCAGAAUUACCUCUGCAACGGAGCGGUUAUUUUACCUGCAGAGUUGAAUAAAACCGGCGUUAAGGUUGCAGAAACUCGAUCUCUUUUAUAUAAUAAGGGAGAGGCCAAAUUAUCCAAAGCUAUUGAUGAAUUGCACUUUUAUUAUGUUAGAAGCAGGGAUACCAUUCCGGUCCUCCUGACUAAAUUUAAAGACAUUAAGAACGCUAUAUUUGGGCUCCAUUUGAAGAUGCUGACUCCAAUUCCUGUCGCCCCACCUCCGAUGCAUCACUUGAGUGAAGCGAUGAGCAUUUUGACAAUGAGCACUGAUUAUCCCGGCUCAGAUCCAUUUGACUCUCUGGGCACAAACAGUGUGAUCGACGAGGCAGAAAGAAUGAAUAGCAUCCUUGUCCGUGAAAUGGAAAUCGAUCACUACUAAUGCCUCCUGUUCGUCCAGAAACAUGACUUCAGUUAUAUUCGGAUCACGAUAUCAAUUCGAUUUUAAUUUGUUAGUGCAUACCCAAUUGGUAAUUUAAAUAGCUUUAAUAGUUUCGCAGAAACUAAUGCAUGUUGCUAAUCUCAUUUUUUAUUUAGUUCAGCUAGAAUGCUUUUGUUACCUUUCUCUUUGAUAUUAAAUAAAUAUUCAUGUUUA